AAAAUAAAUAGCCUCAUUUACCUGAUUGAGGGAAGGAAAGGAAGACGGACUCCCUGAAGUGCUAGUUGCUGCGGGCAUUCUCGUGUAGAAGUAAGGCUUCCUUUUGGGUAUCGUUCUGCCUGCUUCUGGAUUCUACAGCUCCGUGGUCGAGCGGAAGUCUGCCGUUCCGAACAGAAGAUUUCACGGUGCAGUCGUGCUCGUGGUUCGAAGAGUAGCAAUAGCAGUGACAUUGGCACCAGAACUAGUCGUAGCUACAUCCAAGAUGGCCAAGAUGGGUCCGUCACACGGGUCUGCUGCGUACCGACACAUCAGCCAAGCACUGUCUCUUGGUGUCUGCAUGCUGGUCAUGCAGGCUCAUGUCAGCAGCAGUACUAAGCAUUACAAGUACACGGGGAAAAUGCCAGGAGCAUUUCCAGCAGAUCUCAGCUCUCUUGAACUAGAAGACAUGCCAUUGAGACGGUUGCCAUCAUUGAGUACCACGAACCUUACGUCUUUGACAAUCAGGAGGAUACCACUGAGGGAGCUAACCGCAGCCGUAUUCACCCCAACAUCCCUGACGAAAAUAGAAAUUGACGACACUUCAGUUACGUCCUUCCCGAAGAUUACUUCAGUGGUAACAACAAUAUCACUGGCAAUCCUCAACGCACCAUUGAGGAUUCUGGAUGAUAACGCGUUUGACCAAUUCACGAAACUAACUAUCCUAAAGCUGAGACUUAUGCAGUUAAAAGUCAUCCCAACAAUUCCACCGACAGUUACAAGGCUAUUUAUCAUUGCACCGGGUGUAAAGGUGCUGCGGGAUCCUCUGCCUUCCACCGUCGAAGAUGUGGAGUUGGACUGUUCAGCCACUACAAUUUCACAGAGUUUCUUUGCGGCCGCUUCGCUCAAGAACAUGCAAUUGACAUUAUCUGCCACUCGUCUGCCUAGCCAACUUCUCGGUGGCCAGCAACGUCUGACAAACUUCUCUCUAUCAAGCCGUCCGUUGCGGCGCUUACCUAACGAUUUGUUCGACGGGCUUGAUUUUAAUCUUCACAACUUAAUUAUCAACGAGACUGGUCUAGUUCCUUUAAGUGGGAGUGAAAAGAAGUAUCACUUUACUGGCUUGAAAUCAUUAAUACUAGGAGGCCAGAACUGGUUCCUGUACAAUCGUGUUAUCGCCCUUGCUUCAUCCACAAGUCAGGCCCUUGGUGUAAUGACUCUCUCUGGAAUGAGUUUGACAACAUUCCCAAAGAUCCCUUCAGGCGUCAAACACUUAACGAUCUCUGGGACCAGUAUCAAGUCAAUCCCAUCUGAUUUUUCCAGCUCGAGCGUAAUGCGUUUCACAAUGUCAAACAACAAGCAACUAUCCAGUGUGCCGGGGAAAUUAUUUGAUAGCAUGGCUCAGUUGGGUAGAGUUGAUCUGAGUGGCAACAACCUUACAACUCUCCCGGAACACCUGUUCAGAAACCACUCUUUCCUGGAGGAACUCUAUCUACAGAACAACAAAUUCCAAAGUCUGCCGGCAAGAAUCUUCAAUGCACAAUACUACCUUAAAGUUCUGGAUCUUCGCGAUAACGGCAUACUGUCAUUGGCGAGUAACAUCUUUGGCAACCUCUCCAUUAUUUCACACAUAUAUCUGAGUGGGAACCCGAUUCUCAUUCUUCCAGAUAUGUCCGGACGGGGUCUACUGGAGACUCUAGAUAUUGCUUACACCGGAGUUUCCAAUGUGUCUGAGUACGUCAAUGGAGGUGAUCUGAAGACACUGGAUGCAAGUGGUAAUGCACUCGGACUUGGCAUUGAUGCAGAGAACUACACCAAAUUCGCUAACUUGACGACUCUGAAACUGAGUAAUGCCGGCCUGUCUUCACUGCCAGCCAAUUUCUUUGAAGGGUUCGGAAACCUGACUAGCGUGAAUCUGUCGAACAAUGCCUUGACAACAUUGCCAAGCGGUAACUUUCAUUCCAAUGUAUUCCGCCUGACAUUAGAUCUCAGCUACAACCAAUUGGAUGAAGCAGCGUUCUCGGGAAAUGGUUUCCAGAAUUCGAAACUUCUUCAAGUGCUGAAUCUGGACAAUAACUUAAUCAAGGCCUUGCCAGCAGUAUCCUUUGCCUUCCCGAACCUGCGUGAACUUCGGUUGAACUAUAACAAGGUGCAACUCGACGGCAAGACUUUGUCGAGUGUGAAUUUGUCAAAACUGAAUAUUUUGGAGUUGAGCUUCAACAGCAUCACAUCUCUACCAAGAGAAGUGUUUUUCCAGACCCGUGAUCUGUACCGACUAACAUUGGAUGGAAACAAGCUUAGUGCUCUAGACUCUAGUUUGUUCGUGUAUCUGACUCGUUUGGAAGAGCUACAUCUUCAAGGCAACAGUCUCUCACAGCUGCCAUCUUCCACCGUGUUCAUUUAUUUGGCACAACUUGUUGAUCUGCAAUUGCACGACAACAAGCUAGUGUCAUUACCGGACAAUAUAUUUGAAAAGAAUCCAAACUUGCAGAGAAUAACUCUACAUGGCAACGAUUUAGCAACACUGAGCACACUUCACUUUCAGCAUCAGAGCAAACUUCUUGAGCUAACCCUACAGGAUAAUGCCCUGGACAAUGUUUCCCUAAUGGCCUUCAAUACUCUGCCCAAGAUGCAUAGCUUGAACUUGUCCGGCAAUGCCUUAUCAUCUGAUAGCGGGAAUCUGAACUUGGGAAAUAUGACCGAACUCAGCAUUCUAGACCUGAGCCACAAUGCGUUGACAAGUCUCCCAGCACUUCCUCUCGCCAAUCUUGACAUAUUGAAUAUUUCAUCCAAUUCAAUCCACACCAUACCGCAAGGAGUGUUCAACUCUCUCAAGUUGCUUACAGUUCUAGACAUGCACAACCUCAACGUGACCCAUCUUCCCGCUGGUGCUUUCCAAAACAAUUCACUCCUGAGAAUUCUGUCCUUGGAAUCCAACAAGCUACAGUCACUGAAUGCUGAUGUCUUCCAAAGCCUCAUCGACCUCACAAACCUGACGCUUCAGGACAACUUUUUGACAAGUCUGCCAAAUGCGCUCUUCCAAGGCAACAAGUAUCUGAAAACGUUGGACAUCAGUGUCAAUCAGCUGAUGGAAAUUUCCGACGUCGUGCUUGACAAGUUAACGUUUCUGGAACGACUGAAUCUGUCGUUCAACCAGAUAUCCAAAAUUUCAGCGGGCGCAUUCGAUGGCUUACAAAGAGUACAGAUUCUGGACCUGCAGGAGAACGGCCUUAGCACCAUUCCAGCGGGUUUGUUUCAACGCACCCUUGCACUGAAACAGCUGAACAUGUCACUGAACCAGAUCAUGAGCCUGCCCAGUGGUGUGUUCAGUAACUUGUCAUCACUGAUCAUGCUGGAGAUGCAGCAAAACCUCCUUACAACGUUACCAUCCGCAAUCUUUCAAGAUACCACAGCUUUACAACAUCUAACCAUAUCCAACAAUCGACUGGCAACACUUCCGGAGAACUUGUUCACUUCACUGUCUUCUCUACAUACAGUAGACGUCACGGAGAACACCCUGCUGCUGAACACCAAGCUGUGUGUUCUGACUGGAGUGCUGAGUCUCGCGAAAGCAUCCGUCGACAGCAGUGCUGUGUCUUACAUAAGACGUGAAAUUCGGAACGCCACUUGCAGCCAGAGCUGCACCGUGCUGCCAGCACCUCUGCUUAACUGUGCAUCGGGCAGUGGAAGCGGUCCUAUCUGCUCUGGUAAUGUGUAUAGCGCAGGAUGCAAAUACGGCACCAUUCCACCCACAACGCAGCCGCCCACAACGCAACCUCCCACAACGACUCCGACCACCACGCCCACUACCACACCCACUACAACGCCCACCACCACUCCGACCACGACUCCGACCACGACUCCAACAACCACUCCGACAACUACUCCCACCACAACCCCAACUACGACCCCAACCACGACCCCCACCACGACCCCAACAACAGUUCCGACAACUGCUCCAACCACGCAGCCAACUACAACACCGAACGCGCCAGCAGCUGAAUCUAACUCCGGCCCGAUAGUGAUUGGAGCUGUAGCUGGUGGAGUUGUCAUUCUGGUGGUUGUCCUCGCUGUCGUGCUCUACGUCAGGAGAAACAGCCAAGGUAGCAACGUCAGUGGUAAAGGAAUGUUCAAACGGGGCAAUGGCAAACGUGAGAGCCAGGUUCACCUGACAGGCCUGCCCACCCACAGCUCAAUUUCAUCAAGCGUCGACGAAUACUCGAUCACGGCCGACUCUGCUUCAGGGAUCGGCUCUGACGAUGUCUCCCAAGUCAAGCUGCACCAACCUCCUGGCUUGUUGAGCAGCUCCCUGUAUGACGUGGUUGAAGCGGAUUCAUCCUGCCGCAACCAGACCGGGGCAGUGCAGGCUGCCAGCCAACCCGAAGUGCCAGCAGCCCAGCAGCAGCAAGAAGACGACCCCAGUCUGUACAUGUGCAUUGACAACAGGUCAAUGGGUCGUGUUAAUAGCGUGCAAUCAAAGCGGAUGCCUCCAUCCGUGGCCCCGCGCCCGCGUGGCUCUUCGGCCGCGUCGGCCGCAGAGGCGGGCGUCACGAAUGACGUCAUCAUCAACAGCAGCGCCUUGGACGCCAUGGCAACGUACGACACUGCCGAAGUGGAGUACGCGGCACCGCCUGUUGACGACUCGCAUUACAAGACUGUGUCGCUGUCCGGUGUCAGCAGCCCUGCAGAGGACUCCAAUAGGGCAGCAGCAGCAGCAGGACCUGCUCAGUACUCGAACCCAUCUCGCCCCGGAUCCAACCUGGACGAUGCACCCAGCGGCAGUGCAGGUGCCGACUCUGAGUUCCUGGGACACUAUGCCAAGCCACCAGCCGCCAAGCACUACCGUCCGGCUAGCGCGUCACCAAGAACUGACGAUGCUAACAGCCUUGGGACGGCUGAUAACCUCGCCGAGGCAAUGGCCGACUUCCUCUAGCUUCUCCCUACCACACUGGCGUGUGCUGUAGGUAGAAGAUGCCGGGGAGAUGCAGUAGUAGUAUGAGCUAGGGAGUAGGGGCCGCCGCUGUUGCAGUGAUUUCACUCAUGGCAUGUUGUAAGUCUGUUUUUGUGUGUGUGUAGUCUCUUUAUGAUGUGGACCAUGAAACGGUGUAAGAGGUCGGUAGAUUAUGUCAUAAUGUGAGUCAUGGGUUUGUAGAUGAUGUCAUAAUGUGAGUCAUGGGUUUGUAGAUGAUGUGAGUAGUGAAAUGUAAAAUGAUGUCGGUGUACGAGGUCAGUAUAUGAUGCGAGUCGUGAAAAUGGUACAUUGUAUGUGAUGUCAUACUAGUAGGCAGCAAGCUUCUCUCCUUUCUUCUUCUUCUGCCACUCUCCUCUUUCUCUUCUGUUAGCAGAACAGAUUAUGUAUAGUUUCUCUGCAUGUAUUAUUUAUUGGAGCUCAGCUGUCCUCGAUAACUGACCCUUUUAUUUUUAGUGCAUUCUAUGGCCUGCCACCAUGCACCUGGCAUGGGUUUUCCCUGAAUUUUCCUCUCUUCUGUAUUUUCGACGUGAACCCAGUGCCUCCCCAGUUGUCCACCUGGACAUCAUCUGGUGGAUUCAUCCCUUUUUGUUUCACCAUCCCGGGCAGAUUUCCUUCACUAAUACGCACUUGCCUACAGUUAUCAGACUGUACUUCUAGGUGCAUGUAUAUGCCAGCUGCGUUCUCUAAAUUGUACUUCAAGUAGCCGCAGUAACGGCAAGUACAUUUAUUUAGGCUGCCUUAGACAGAUUUCUAUAUAUGGCUUAGUUAGUGCCUCAGACAGAUUUCUUUAUAUGGCUCAGUGCCUUGGACAGAUUUCUUUAUAUGGUUUAGCUCGUUUAGACCGUCUAGUGCCAAGCUGGGGAAGUUCUAGGAGCAUCUAGUUGAUGAUCACACAUCAUGUGCAUAAGCAAGAAGUAAUAGGUGGCAGACUAAGACUACUGGUUCUAAACUACGGUAGCAGCAAGCAUUGUAAACGCGUGUAAUAAAGCAGUUCUAAUUCUG